AUGUACUAUUGGAAGAUAUCGAAGUUCAAGUUUGGUAAAUCCAAGGAAGAUAAAGAGAACGAAAAGGAAAAAGAUAAAAAGGAAGAGGCAAAGGGCAGUGGCAGUAGCGGGUUCUUUCACAGCAAUCAUGAACGGUCAACAUCAUCUGACAGCUCUACUUUCCUCGACAAUUCGAUGGAUCGUCACUCGAUGGAUAGGAAGGAAACUAUGGUACCAUCAUCCGCUUCAAUAGCUCCAGUCCGUCUGUCCCACGAUGCAUCUUCAACUGCUUCGGCAGUGAGGGAGGACGUGGCCAGCGGUGUAAGUGAUGGACCUUCUUCUGAUACUAGUCGCGUUAAUCAUGAUAUCCCCACUUCAUCAACAAAACACGAUGAGAGUGUAAUAUCGUCAUCUUCGUUCCAUCCUCACAACACCAAUACCAGUGCCGGUAUUAUGACCAUCAAAGUAUAUAAUGGAGAUAAUUUCGGACUUCCAUUCCCUAUUACUUCUAAUGAGCCGAUACUGAGCAAAUUGUUGAGUUCCGGAGCUGACGCUCAAAGAACGAAUUCGCUAGAAAUAGACUCAUUAACCUCCCAAUUAUCUAGGAUACAGUUACAAAAGCAGGGUCCUGCUGACGAUAUCCUACUGCCAGGAGAUCAAAGCACGAAGUUCAUCCCUUCAACAAUAAUGCUACCAGGCUCUACAGCUUUGAACCCACUGCUUUAUUUCACUAUCGAGUUUGAUAAUACGGUUGCUACUAUUGAACCUGAACGUGGUACCAUGGCCCAACCUGUGUUCAAUAAAAUAUCAACAUUUGAUGUCACUAGAAAGAUGCCAUAUUUGAAAAUUGAUGUCUUUGCGAGAAUACCAUCCAUUUUGCUGCCAUCAAAGACUUGGCAACAGGAAAUGUGUGCUGCAGAUGAAAAGAUGAAUGCUAUGCUACAAAAGAUAAAUUCAAAUCAAGAUAUUCAUCUGGAUUCUUUUCAUCUGCCGGUUAAUUUACAAUUUGAUUCUGCAGCAACUAUCAGACUAUUUAAUCAUCAUUGGGUGGAACUUGAAAAUGGCUAUGGGAGAAUUAAUAUCAGUGUCGAUUAUAAACCCUCUAAAAACAAGCCUUUGUCAAUUGAUGAUUUUGAUCUUUUGAAAGUCAUCGGUAAAGGUUCAUUUGGAAAAGUUAUGCAGGUUAGAAAGAAAGAUACGCAGAAAAUUUAUGCCUUAAAGGCAAUAAGGAAGACAUACAUUGUCUCCAAGUCUGAAGUUACACAUACUCUAGCGGAAAGGACAGUUUUAGCUCGUGUUGAGUGUCCUUUUAUUGUUCCUCUGAAAUUUUCAUUUCAAUCUCCUGAAAAAUUAUACUUAGUAUUGGCAUUUAUCAAUGGUGGAGAGCUUUUUUAUCACUUACAGAAGGAAGGAAGAUUUGAUUUGUCUCGUGCUAGGUUUUAUACAGCGGAACUGCUAUGUGCAUUGGAAACUUUGCAUGAUCUUGACGUUAUCUACCGUGAUUUAAAGCCAGAGAAUAUUUUGUUGGACUACCAAGGCCACAUUGCAUUAUGUGAUUUCGGAUUAUGUAAAUUAAACAUGAAAGAUAAGGAUAAAACUGACACUUUUUGUGGCACUCCCGAGUACUUGGCACCUGAACUUUUACUGGGACAAGGUUAUUCGAAGGUUGUUGAUUGGUGGACCUUGGGUGUUCUUCUAUAUGAAAUGUUGACGGGUCUACCUCCAUAUUAUGACGAAGAUGUUCCAAAAAUGUAUAAAAAAAUUCUACAAGAACCACUGAGGUUUCCUGACGGUUUCGAUAGGGACGCAAAAGAUUUGCUCAUAGGAUUAUUGAGUCGUGAUCCAAAGAGAAGACUGGGCUACGCUGGUGCCGAGGAAAUAAAGCAUCAUCCGUUCUUUAGUCAAAUGUCAUGGAAGCGUCUAUUAAUGAAGGGCUAUAUUCCUCCAUACAAGCCACCUGUAACAAGUGCAAUGGAUACUAGUAACUUUGAUCAAGAAUUUACCAAAGAAAAGCCAAUAGACAGUGUGGUAGAUGAAUUUUUGAGCGAAAGCGUACAAAAGCAGUUUGGGGGCUGGACCUACGUUGGCUCUGAACAAUUGGGUAGCUCAAUGCCUCAAGGCAGGAGCAUCAGAUGA